AUGUCACACCCACCGCAAGGACAAGCCUUUGGAGGACCACGUCCUCCAGCCCCACAAAGUUACGCUGCGCAGCCGCCUCCGCCUCGGGAGGGAUUCGGUCAAAGCCAUCCACAUUCUUCCGGUUUUCCACCCACAAUUCACCUUUCUCAGCCGAGACAUCCUCACCUCGCGCGGCACCAUCACCAUCACUACCACUGGGGACUGCAGCGCGGGCGGCCGCCGCGCGGCCCUCGGCCCGGCCAGAAUACCUUCCCUGUUCUGCCUAACGUAAGCGAGUGCAGCGGCGCUUCCUCUAUCUCUAUCCCUUCGCCUCCGUCCUCUCACUGCUCUCCUGCGCCUCCGAGGUACGCUUCUCACACACCCUCCUGUUCGUCUUCUCCAGGGACGGCAGCGUCUCAGACCUUCGCUCUUCCCGCGUCACUCGGAGCACGGAAACAGCCGGAGGCAGGCAUGCCGCCUGCGACUUCUUCCCCACCGCGCCCCCCUCCUCCGGUUUCUCGUUCUCGAAGUCCACGGGGAGGCGGAGAGAGCAGCACUCGAGCCACCGCCCUCGUGGCGACAGUCUCUGCGUUUCUCGAGUCUGAGAAACGUCGCGAGGCGCGUACGACGCAGGCGCCUGGCCGGCUGGUGGGCGCCCCGCCCUCUAGGACUGCAGGAUGUCCUCUUCGGCCCGGUGGUCCGCGCGCGCGAGACGGGGAGAAAGACCCCUCGCCAGGAGCGGAGAAAGAAGUCGUCGUGGUCGAUGACAGCGACGAAGAGUCAGGACAGACAAAGGAGAGGUUUCGAGGCAACAGAAGUCAGGGCGGCGGCCGAGGUCGAGGUGAGCGAACAAGUUCCCAUCAUUCCCAUCAGGCUCUCGGCGAGAGAAGAGAAUCAGAGAAGGUUGCGGCUGUACACCGAAGUCACUGGCUGCUUCAGUCUGGAGAACUCAGGUGGGAAGGCGUCCACGAAUUCAGAUCUCUUGCUCGAAAACGCCUGCACCAAGGCGUCCUCAGCAAGGCACAAAAAAUCGCUGAAAUGGAGGACGGAGUCCGUGCAACCGAAGAAGACGAAAUGACCUUCGUCGUCUACUCAGACAGUUCCAAUUGCCGCUUCGUGGACCUGGCCGUCUGCGAGUGCAGCUGCCCAAACCACGAGCCGCCCUGUUCGCAUUUGACCGCGGUGGCGCUUGCGGGCUCUUCGCAGGAUCGGCUUCAAUUCGCCUUGAUGACUCUGAUGAAGCUUAGGUUUCUGAAUCCUUUCGCAGACCGAAACAUGUCGUUCGUCGCGCUCUCGUCUUCUCGCAGCGACACGGUCUCUUUCGAGGCGAUCCUAAAGUUUGUCCGCUCGCAUUUCUCUCGGCGCCACUCGCCGGAGGAAGUCGCCGAGGCCGCAGUUCGCGCCGCCGUCGGCCUCCUCCUCAGAUUCUACCAGCGCGCCCAAGGGACGCUGCCCCCCCUCCCCUCCACGGUUCAGAGGGCGAAGGAGAGGGAGAAGGCCAGAGGGAGUGAGAACAGCGACGACGAGGUUGAAGAAGAGACGCCGAAGAAGGACGGCGAGGAACGCGAAGGCGACAGGCAAGAGAACGAAGGGUCGCUUUCCACGUCCGACUCGCCUGCAGGUGAAGAUUCAGAGACUGCGAGGAGUGCGUCGAGCGUCGAGUCUCUGAGUGGGGAGGGCGAGGCCGCGUCCGGGGAUUCCCGGAGAAAGAGAGGAAAAAAGGCGACGGAGCGGUUGAAAGGGAACGACGCCCGACGACCAGACACCUGGGACUCUCAGCUCGCGCGAGCGGUCGCCAAGGCGGCUAGGAAACUCCUUGCAUCUUCCUCUGCGGCAUCCCUGUAUGCGCUCUCGGAGGUGCAGUCACAGGAGACAGGGACUGUGGCGUCUGCGGAGGGUGAAGCGGUGACACGAGGCGAGGCGGAAAGGCCGGGAUCGGAGGCGACAGCUGGGACUCUGGAGGUCGAGGCCGGCGCCUCACUUCUGCCCCCCUCCACUUCAGGCUCCUGGUCCUCGCGGCUGGCGCUCUGGUGCCAGUUUGAGCAGGCCGUUCAGACUCGACUACAGAAGUCGCUGAAACGGGAGCCGCAGCUGGACCCAACCUCCGGUUUGUCCUCUUCGACUCUCGCGCCGUCGGCGUCGCCCCCGCUUCUGUGUCUGGGGAGGUUUCUGCAAACGCUGGCUCUGGAGACUGCCCGGGAUGCUCGAAGUGGGGAGGUCUUGACUCCCGCGGAAGCGCAGACCACGGACAAAGGGUGCAGGGAGGCGUGCGACAAGGACGAGGCGGCUGAAGAGUCCGAGGAGACACAACCAUCCCCGGAAGGCCAAGACGCCGACUCUGCCGCGUCCCCGUUCUCGUCGUCAAGUGCGUCGGCUGUUUCGCUGACCAAAGGGAAAGGAAAAGGCCUUACACCUGCGGACGCAAGCCGGCUGCUUUCUCUUAUCUUCUGUGGCGCCUCAACGGAGUAUGUUCGUAAGGGAAGGGACGACGCGGAGGCAGGAGGAGAAGACGGGAGUUUGGAGUGGACGGACCGGGCAUGCGCUGCGACCGCCAGGAAGGAAGGAGAGGCUCCAACGACUCUUGAGAGAUACGAGCGCGGCGAUCUGUCGCCACUGGAGGGCGGAGUUGGGAGCGGCAAGAAGCGAGAAGACUUCUUUUGUUCCUCGGUCCCUGCCGGUUGGGCCGACCGGGGCAGUGAAGCGAAGAAGGCCACUGUUCAGGCGCCGACGCCUGGGUCUGUCCCUUGCGGGACCUCUGGAGAAGCCGAGAAACAGGAUCUGCUUCUUUCGAUUUUGAGCGAAAUCCAGAAAAUGCGAAACGAGAGGAAGAGCGGCUUUUCGUGGAGCGUCGACGGGGCCUUGGAGACGGCUGUGAGAGAGACAGAGCCGGGCGAGGAAGGCGAGAGAACCGCGCCUCGACCGCAGCGCGGCAGAAGGAGACAAGCUGGAGACAGACUGAGAGACAUCGUGGAGUGCCUAGCUGCACUGGAAACACGCGUCGUGGCGAAGCGAGGGGCUUCGUUCCAACAGGAUAAUGAAGAGGAGACAGAAAGCGCAGAAACGCGAGAUAGAGAGUCGCCUGCCCCGGGAGUUCCCAGGCGAGAAACAGAGGGGCAAGGGAGCUUCUUAAAGUGUCUCCUGUCUCUUCCGGAGGCGAUAGAAGCUCUUGGCACUGCGUUGGCCGGUGCGGAGAGACCAGCAGGCAACGGCGAGAAAGGCAUAGGACGAACAGGGCGAAGACGUGGAGUAACAGACGACAGCGACAGUGGUCUGGAGGUCGAGUCUGCGGAAGAAGGAUUGAAGAGAUUGGGAGAGCAGCGGAACAGAAGCUGGACCGGAAGUAACAGUGAGAGCGGCGGGGAAGGGGGCGAGUCUGGACGCUUCAGCGAGGCGAAGGCGUUGUCUCGGGAGGCGAUAGAGGACGAAGAAAGGAGGCAGGUCCACGUUAGCGAUGAAACCGCAAUUCUCACCUUUUUUCUGGCCGAGGCGUUCCCUGCUCUGUUCACAGAAACUCCCGAAGUGGAAGCCUCUGGGCAUGAGGCGAACGCGGCUUCGUCGGCCUCUUCCCGAUCUCCCUUGAGGCCCACGGAUGCACCGCCUUCCAAACACGAUCGCCUCGGAGUGUACCGGCGUCUGUGUGAACUUCAUUUUUCCGGAGCGACUCUUCCUUCUUUCGCAUCUUACCCUUCUCCUCGGCCUUCUCACGCCUCGUGGCGCCUGUGGCUUCCGUCGCUGCGACAGGCUGCGCGAGUCGCUGCCCUAGGCCGCAAAACACUCGGCCUUAGCCCUGUGUCUCUUGGAGAGGACAGCGCAAGCGACGCGGACUCGUCAGAGGACGAAGCUGGAGACCAUGAAACGCCGAGCUUGUCGGUUGAAGGCCAAGCUCGACUCAGAGAUCUCUACGGUGCUUCCGUCCUCCCAGCUGUGUCUCUCCUGUCUCUGUCCUCACUCGGGGCCAUCCCACAGGUCGGGGACGUUUCUAUCGCGUCUCCGACUCCUGACAGUGAUGUUCUCAGCUGUCUCGCCUCGACGCUGCCCUCGGCGGCUGCUGUCGCUCCGUCGAGCUUGGGGGCAGACCUCGCUCCCGAGCAAAUUGUCUGGUUGAUAGCGACGGCUCCUCCACUCGUAGACUUGAAUUUUUUCUUGAGCUGGGAGGCGACCUUUGCGCCCCAUCAUGGCUCGCUGCUCUCGUUUCUGCGACGCCACCUUCAUCUGCCUCUCGCUGCAUCCUCGCCAGCGUACCCAGAUUCUUCUUUCUGCACCCUCGCCACGUCGUCCUUCUUCCUUCUUCUGAAUCCUCAGACUCUCGUCCGACUUCCGCGACACAACGGUGCUUCCUCGUUUUCUUCGCCGCCUACAUGGAGCCCUGCGGACGGGACCGACUUGCCCCAGGCAGGCCUGCAGGCCACCGUCGCCGCGCUUCUCCAGAGUAUAGGGCGCCGGUGCGGCAGGGAGACAGCUGUCUCCUUUUUGUCACUGCUGUGCUUGGAACGCACGACGCGGCCAGCUUGCGCCGCCUCUACUGUCCGCGCAAUCAGCGGAGACACCGCUCUUCGUUCUCAAAUUCAGCGUCACUUCUGGGGAGACCUCAACUCUGCAUCGGAAGAGAGAAACGCAGAAAACAAACAAGAUCAGAGCGACGUCCAGACCGUUGCUGCCUUUGUUGGGCACUUUCUUCUCUCGCUUCCAGUCUUUUCCUGGAUACAGGGAAUCGAAACGGUGGUGUCUCCGCUCGCUGCGCGUGUGGGGCGGAGACAUCUCCUCCAGGAAAUGGAACGCUUCGCGUAUGAUUCGUGGUUCUCGAAUUGCUUAGCUCCGACUGCAACAUCCUCAGCUUCUCACGCAGCUCUUCCUUCAUCUUCGUUGUCUCCUUCUUUGGCUCUUCCCCCUUUCGUGCCUGCAACUUCGGCUCCUCGGUGUCCAGGUUCGUCUGCUUCAUCUGAGUCGCCCUCUCGCAUGUCUGCGGGGUGUGGAGAGGCCAGGGAGAACCUCCACCUGUCGCAGGCGCAAAGCGCCGCUCUCGAAAAGGUCCUUGCCCUCUGCCGGGAUGUGCUAACUGCAGAGCAGGCCGCACUGUGCGAGACAGAGGGCGAGGUCAAGCGAGGCGACGGACUCCAAAAAACGCUUCUGGAGAGACAUGUGUGGACUCAACUCGAAUCGCCUAAGGCUCCAGGCUCUGAGGGGAGGAUCGCGGAAAUGCUUUCUGUCGGAGCAGUGACAGGUCUCUCGAGCGCGCCUGGACUGCAUGCAGGAGAGAGACAAACCAGCAGCCACUUGGCGCCGGCGGAACCCAAGGUCUCUGCCGGUCCCGAGUCAGGUCGCGCCUCUCCAGACUUGCAGGCAGUCCACGGUGCGCCUGCCCAGGCGCCUCAUGAGGCGCUUUUGUCUCCGCGUUCUCCGACGUUUGAAGCUCAUGGCGAGGCGCUGGGACUCGGUGGGCGUCGGUCGAGUUCGGAGGAAGAAGAGUUUCUCCUUUCACAGCCUCUGCUGCAUCUCCGGAGGCCAAGGCGAGCAGGGGCGAAGCGUGAGGAAGGAAAAUCCGUAGGAGAGGAGGGAAACGAGACUCGACUGGAGAUGACAGUCGCGCUACGAGGGGCGGUCUCGCUUUCGCGGGAGGCCCACGGGUCUGGCAAAGCGGAGGAAGGUGCGAGCGAGGCAGGAGAAGCUCAGAGGUUGUCCUUGGAGGGCGUCCCUCAUAUAUGCGAGAAAAGGGAACUCAAACGCGACGGGGAAGACAACCAAUCUACGUGUCUGUACGCCCGGCAGCGAGCCAUCAUCGAGGCGAUUCGACGAGAGGAGUUUGGGGUCGGUUUGCAGCUGUCUGGUGCAGCUGCCGGUUCGAUUGGAGACACGAGGCACUCAGACUGUGCUUCCGAAGGAGCCCAUCUGAGUCCUGAAGAACGAGAAGCCAGGCGAAAGGAGAGAGAGACCAACGCGCUGGUUGAGGACGUUCUUCUGCGUCAGAGACAGAGGCUAACGCGUGCUCUGGAUCGCCUCUCUCGCGGUCUGUACACAGCAGACUCGCACCUUCAGAUGGAACUCCUUCAGAACGCAGACGACAACAACUACAGCGAGUUGCAGACGCAGAGUAAACUGAAGGCGAAUGGCGACCUCGACGCGCCGAGCGCUCCAGGACGUCCUCUCACACGUUUAGAGCCUUGGCUGCAUUUCGAGAUCACUCCCCAAGGCCUGGCGGCCUUCAACAACGAGAACGGCUUCACCGAGAAGGAUGUCCGAGCGCUCUGUGACGUGGCGAGAAGCACCAAGGAGAAGCGCGAGGGCGCGCGCAAGGCGGAAAUGAGCGCCGAGGCAGGAGCAGAAGACGACGGGGAGAAAGAAAACGUGAGGAAGAUUGGGAGAUUUGGUUUAGGCUUCAAGUCCGUGUUCUCCAUCUCAGAUCGGCCUCACCUCUUCUCCCAGGGAUUUGCCUUCAAAUUUGAAGCAUCCGACCCCACCGGUCUUGGAUUCGUUCUGCCUCACUGGCUCGAGCCACCGGAGGCGACCUUCUACCUGCCUGCUGCCGCUCUCGCAUCCGCGAUUUGGGUGUCGGGCAUUGGAUCAGCAUUCGCGGGAACUUGUCCACGAGCUCGGCUCUUCAUCUUGCCAGGGUCCUCCGCCUUGUCCCACCUCGUCGUCCAACCUCCAGGCGGCGUCGCCCAAGACUCCGAAGGCAGUGGCUCUUCCCUUAAAGAACCGUCGGGUCUCGAUGACAAUGACUUCAACAUCUCAGUCGCUUCUUCAUUCUUCCAGAUCGCCCCGUCUUCCUCCUCUUCUGUUACUUCGUCUUCUCUGUCUUCUCUCAGCUCUUCUUCUCUUUGUUCUUCUCGCUGUUCUCCGGCCCUGGCGUCGAGGUGGCGAACUGUUCUGUGGUUGCCCUUGAAAGACGCGCUGCUCUCGGGCGUUGGAGCGGAGCGCUGGCGAGAUCCGCGGGAAGGCCUGGCGGCUCGUUUGGCCUGUCUGUGUCCCGAAGAGCUCCUCUUUCUCCGGCAGCUGACGCGCGUGAGUUCUUGUCUGCGCCUCUGCGAUCCGCCUGUCCUGUCGGUCGUUGAGAAGCGCUUCGUUUCCCUCGACUCCUCUGGAGCAAGUGAGAAAGCAGGAGCGGCUGAGGCGUCCGAGGCUGAAGGCAGGCUGUGCCUUCCCGACCAAGGGAAGGACGCGGCCUACACCGUGCAGCGCGUGCGACUGAUCAGCAGGCGCAUGCCUCUGACUGUGGAGAUGGAGACAGCGGAGAUGAAGAGUGAGCCGGAGCGCGAGACAGCAGAAGCCAAUCAGGCGAGCAAAGGAGAUACGACACACAGGGUCUGUGAAGAGCGCCGAGAGGAAGAUUGGAUUCUCAUACGUCGUGAAUUCUCGGUGCUUGUCCCUACACAAAGUGAAGACGAUACAGGCUCUGCGGGGUCCGUGAGGAAACGGAAGAAGGGAGAAAUGGAGAAGCGACGAACGGAAAUCGUCUUGGGGUUCCCUCUUCUACCCUCGGGCCAUGCAGCCGCUCCUCUCUACGGUCUCCAAACGCCCUCUUCCUUCGAGUUCUGUCCGACGCCUGAAGGCCUCUCUUGCGUAUCCUCUCCUCCCUCUUCUUCAUGUGCUUCUUCACCUUCGUCUGCGUCUGUUUCAGCGCCUCUGCCGGCGCUUCCCGAGUCGCGCCCAGUCUUUUGUUACCUGCCAGUUCGGUCCUUUGGGCUCCCCUUUGUUCUGCACGCUCCGUUCGAUUUGACUGCCUCCCGUGAGAGCUUAGUCGUUUCUUCCUUCUUCAAUCUGCAGUUGCGGAACGCGUUGCCGGAGACCUUUCUAGCUGCUCUGAAGUUUUGCAAGCACUCGGCUCUCUUCUCGCUCCAGGUCUCCUUCCUCCGCUUCCUUCCCUUUUUCGCCGCCAAGGAGAACGAUUUCUUCGGCCCCGCGGCGCGCGAUAUUCUCCGCCUCCUCAGACGCGACCCGUGUCUCAUGGUGAUCGAUCCCGCCACGCAGACAACGCUCGCAUCUUUCUCGUCGUCUUCUGCUUCGUCCUCGGUUCCGUCGUCUUCUCUGUCAUCUCCUUCUUCGGCUUCGCAGAAGGUGCAUGGAGCGGCGAUAGGUGCCUUUUGUGUGGAUGCUGGUGAGGACGCAGACAGGUGUGGCUCUAGUAGGGACGGCGAAGUUCUUCCUUUCACGUGGGCAGCGCCCACUCUCGCGCUGCUUCCUUCAGCGGCUCUCUGCACACAAUGGGAGCCGCGCCGGCGAGGCGAGCGCCCCCAGGCGCGGACGUUCGACGUCGCUCCUUCCUCUGAAGAGGGGACGCAGGCUGGGAGACUCGACCAGGCGAGGACAGUCUCCGCGGCUUCUUCCUUGAGUGGCGGGCCUUCCCAGGAAGCGCCAGUGUGGAUUGAAACGUCAGAUUCAAAGUGCCAAGGUGAAGACAGAGCUGGGUCCGAGACAACUCCGCCCGGGGGAGGUUGCGAAGCCGAGAACGGAGAGAAAUCACGAAAGGGGUCAGAUGGGAAGCCUGUAGACUCUGGGGUGUCUGCAAGGUGUGGCACGACGCCGGACGAUCUUCAAGCGCGCUUGGUGUCUCCCGCGCUUCUAAAGAAACAUCUGAAUCUCUUUUAUGUCCAUCCCGAGAUGCUGCGAGAAACCGGCGACGAGGCGCUGCGCCUCCUUGGUGUCCGUGCCUUCUCCCUCUGGGAUGCUGUCGAGUUCCUUCGCUCCGUCGUUGCUUUCCACGUUCGGGCCAAGGGCAGUGGAGGGUGUGAGCAGAACAACGGUAUCGAGGCUUCUGUGUCUCUCAAAGGAGACCGAGAGACCGGGGACUCUGGGUCUGCAAGUGGCGCCUCUCGCGCCGCUGCCGGUCAAGGCCGGGCGAAGCCAGCCGCCGCAAAGCCAGACGCCCCAGGAGGCGAUGCGCAGGGCCAGGUCGAGGUCACAGAACACUCCCUGGUAGGGGAAGAUGAGGUCUUGUCGCCGCCGUGGGUCGGCCGAUUCCUCUGCUUUCUCGACGAGCUGGUGGAGAAGGGGGACUACACGAAAGCUGAGAUUCACUUUGCUUUCGAGACCUUGAAAAGCAUUCCUUUCCUCCCCACUUCUUCAGGCUUGCGCGUCGCCGCUGGGUCCCGGAGCGCCUCAGGAAGAAGCCCAGGGGUGGCAGGGCGCGACCUCACAACUGGGGCGAGCAAGGACGAAGGACGUUUUCUCUCUCGUUCAGUAGCGCCCUCGGAGGACUCUUCCCUCCCGCUCUACGUACUGGUCGGGGAGGACGGCGGACAUGUGCCAGCGGCGUUCGUCCCGCAUCCAGGGGUACCCAGUUUGGCGUCUCGUGUGCUGUCUCCUGGUGCCAACGGGCCUUCAGGGGUCGCAGCAGAGACGGAGACAGCGCCGCCCUCGAUCCCGGAGACGAAGCCGACGAAGCCAGCGUGGGAAGGCCCUCACGGAGAAAAGGAGAACAGGCGAGAGGCCCUCGUGUGCGAAUUGGGCGAGAAAGCGAACGGCGAAGCAGAGAUGCGCCAGCGAACGCGACGCGCAGUCGAAAACUUGGUUCGGAUCCUCUCGCCAGACGUCUUUCAGCCGUUCCGCGGACUCGUGAAAAAAACAGGACACCCCAACAGCUUCCCGGAGAAAGCGAAAGAGGAAGAAGAAGAGCGAGCGUUGCGACAUUUUCGCGCGCUUCGCAGUCUCAACCGCCUCGGCGUUCAAGAGGCCGGCUCCCUCCAGCUUGUUUCCGCUCGAGUCGUCCCCCUUCUCUCCGAUCCGGAAGCCACACGCACCCUGUCCAACUCCACAGUCGUCUCUCUUCUCGCCUUCCUCGCCCUCCACCUCGACGACGUCCGGACGGUCUUGCGCUCCGUGGGGUCAAAGCAGCGCUCGCGAAGUGCCAAGCAAACAGCUGAGAAAGAGCCUGAGAGAGACAAGGGGAGGGUCAGCGGCAGGCCGGUGUUACCAGGACGAGGAGUUGCCUUCACAGAGAGCGCAAGGGACGGUCCAGGGGACGGGGACGUCCCGAGGGGGGGACAGGGGCGACGGAGCGCGGUGCCGUUCCCCACAGACGAAGCCGGGGUCGACCAGGAACGGGCAAUUUGGAAGUCGUUCCAAGUUUUAACGACCACAGGCGAGAGAGUCUCUCUCGGCGACUGGCGCCUGCGGCUGCCGACCUCCAUCACAUCCUCGCCGCCUCAGAGGGCAGAAACGCGGGAGUCAGGGGAGCGUGUAAAUACGGUGCUUGUCACAGGAGAGCAGAAACGGCGAGCGCUGUCGAGCCUUCUCCUACCUGCUUCGCAUGCAGUGGAGCUCUCGCCGCUCUACCUCGACUACGCGCCAGUCGAAACGUGGGCGGCUUUCUUCUCUUUUCUGGGCCUCGCAGACAUCCUCCGCGUUCAGAGAGUGGUGUACGAACUCGCAUGGGCGUCCCCGCCUUCGGGAAAGCAACUCAGCAGCAGAAAGACCCAGAAAGCCACCGUGCCGCACGAGGUGAAGACCAGCCAAGAGAAGCCCGGAGAGGAGACAGACUGUCUCCUUUCGCUCCGACUGCUUCAAGUCGAGGACCAAGUCUUCGCCCAGAGGGACUACACCUGCACCAUGGCCGUGCGUUCUUCUCCGACCUUCUGGUACUCACCAUCGCCCUCUGUCUCGCCUCGUACGGCAUCCACAGUGAGUGGCGAGAAACACACAGAAGCAGGGGAGAGAGACAGGAACGACGUCGAGCUCUCUCCGAGAUCUUUGCCACUGCACAUCCUCAAGCUUCUCGUCGCGAGUCGAACUGUUGAAGAGUGGCGAGACCUCCUGGCGGCUUGGAACGCGUGCCAGUCGGCAACCUGCGAUGUUAAUAGUGCGGCUGGAUCAACGAAGAAGCAGACGAAGCACCGAAGUGAACUCAGUCUUCGUCCUGACCUCGCACCAGGAAUGGAAGAUGAAGAGGAAACAUCUGACAGGGUGGCGGAGGGAAGAGAGACCGAGCACGCGGCCCAGGGGGACAAGAGAACGGCAGAGCGUGUGGGGAAACCACGUGAAGCGAAUGAUGCCGCGCCACUGUUCGUCAAGGACUUUGUUUCACUCGAUUUCGAGAACCUCUGCAACGCCCUUACACAUCCCGGAAGGUCUGGAACCGCACCCUGUGGCGUUUCGGCUUCCCCUGCCUCCUGCGACGUCCGUCCACACCCUGAUGCAGCUGGUAGCGACUCGCGGCCUUCUCAUGGGGAUAGCAAGACACCUGAAGGAGAUCUUCGAAGUCGGCCACAAGCCGAAGAGGAACGAAGCCGCGCCCUGGUGCUUGCCGACCUCGUGCGACAACACUGGAAAACGCGGAUUCAUCCCUUUUUAGCAGCGACUUCUCUAGACACUCUGACCGAGAACCAGGCAUACACGGCAAACCGAAGUACCUCUUCUCCUUCCUCCGGUUUCUCUGUUCCUGAGUGGCCGUCGACCUUCCUUCUGCAACUCCGCACCCGGCCGUGGCUGCCUGCGUGCGAAGCGACGACGGCGGCUGUGGCGACCGAGUUUGAGGAGGCGCGCGACUUAGAGUGGGGUGCCUCCGAAGCUAGAGGGCGAGGCAUCGGCGCAGGUCUCGGGGAAGCAAGUGCAGACAGCGCGCUUUUGCCCGAAGUCGGCGUCGUUAUGGACGUGGACGGAGAAACAGACAGCGACUCGAGUUUGGAAAGCAACUCGGACGAAGAGGCAGCGAAGGGUCGCGAGGCGCGUCUGCAGGGACGCGCACGGAAGCGCAGACGAGGCAGCGGCAGGUCGCCCAGGCGGCAUGGCGCCCUGCCGGUGACUCUGGAGAGGCCGGGAUCUGCGUCGCUCUCGAAGAGGCCGUGUCUUCGUUCUUCGGGCACAACAGGACCGAGUGCGACUGGAGGCGGGGCGACUGGCGCCCCACACAGGGGCAAACGGAGACGGUCGGGGCCGAGGUCGCUGUCUCUGAGCAGCGCCUCCCUGUCAGACUCGUCGCUGUCUCAUCAGUCGUCCUCGGAGGAGGAAACGGAGGGGAAAGAACACCGAAAGCGGAGGCGCUCCGCCCAGGCUUCGCAUCGAUGUGGACCGACGACUGGAAAGCCGGCAAGGUGUGCACUGGGGCUCGCGCCUCUCAGGUGGACGUACACGGGCCUCGCGGCGCCGAUUUCGCUUCACGUUCCUUCGGACCGCGUCUUCGCGGUGUACGGGCACCUCGUGCGUUUCCUCGACCCGCAGUGCUGGCAGCUGUGGGGUGACAUACGCGUCAGAGGCGAAGAGGCAGAGGAACAAGCCAAGGCAGGGGCGAUACGGACACGGAGGGCAGGGCGAGAAGAACAGGAGCCAGAAAACGAAGAGAGGAAGAACGAGAAGGAUCGAGGGAGUGACGCGAAGAAUAGAAACCUCACUGAGGGGAAUACUGCUUUCCACCAUUCGCUGUCCUCGCGCCAAGACGGCUACAUUUGUGGGAACCCCCUGGCGUGUGCUUCUCCCUUUUCGAAGUCCACCGCGUCUUCUCUCUGCUCUGACCCGCUGUCGCAGUUCUCGCUCUCUUCCUCUCUCCAUCCCCUCGCUGUUCUGGGCGUAGGGACGCGUCCGACAGUCUUGGGAGCCUUGGCGCUCUUCCACGACCUCGGUAGGUGUCUCUCCUGCCCCUGGGCAGCGGCGGAGACACUCGUGGGGUCGAGGGGGGCCUCGGACACGCGUGCGGCUCUGUCUGGCCUUCUCGCUUCUUCUCGCUUUCCCAGAGGGUGUGAUUCUGGACGCGAAACUGCAGGACGCAUCCAGAAAGUCGUUGAGCGAAGGAAGGCUGCCUUGUCGACAAGAGGGGUAUCGCGUGCUGGAAACCACGACACAGUUGCGAAGGUCGACGCGAGCGACGGGAGAGAAAGUGCAGUACGGGGCUUGCCUUCGAUGCCCGAGUUUGUGUUGCCGCCGCUUCCGUCCCUCUCUCUCUGGCAUGCGCGAGGCCUUCGGUGCGCGCUCACGCAUUCCUGUGUGGAGUCCAACGAGGAUCUUUCGCGUUCCAUGACGCCACCAGCAGACAGCUGUCCGCGCUUCUCACAUUCUUCUCCGGACUUCUCGCUUCGGUCCCUGACGUCGACUGAUCCUUCUCUGCCUGCUGUCUCGCCUGCUCCGUCUCCUCCUGAAGCCGCUUUCGCGGAACAAGGAGACAAAGGAAGAAGCGUCGAGUCUACUUCGCCUUCCAAAGGCUCUUCAGAGCUCUGUUGGCCAUGUGCCACGAUGCUGGACUGCGUCGCGCGGCUGCUUCUGUUCCUGGCAGAGGCGGCGAACAGAGCGAUGGAGAAAGGGCCUCGCACCGUGUCUUGGAACCUAACCGUGCAGGACCAGGUGGCGGCUGCAGCUCGGCGGCCUUGCGUUUCCGCUGAGUCUUCCACUUCUGUGGCGACAGUGGAGGCCGAGGUAGGGUCCCUCGAAAGCACAGAUCUGCCUGCGCUGCUUCGUUCCUGCUUCCAGCGAGACAACGGCGAGAGGCCUUUCCUUCUUCUGCCACUUCCGCCAGCCCUGCUGUCGUCAUGGAGACCCACACGCGACCAAUCAAUGCCCCCACAGAUGUCUGUCGGGACCUGGUGCAGUCGCAUCUCUUCUCACUCGCCUACUUCGUCUUGCCGACUUCCUCCCGUCUCUCACUCGCCUUCUUCUUUUUCCUCUUCUUGUUCUUCUUCUUCACUCUCUGCCUCUGGUUUUGUGUGUGGAGAUGCCGGAGGGUGUCUCCGGUGGGUGGGAGUGAGUGACGUUUACUGGAUCGGGCCGCCGGGUGUCUCCGAGGCCUGCUUCUCCUCUUCUUCGUUCUUUGUGUUCUUGACAAGAACGCUUCUGUCCCUUGAUUCAGCUCGACACGCAGCAACUCAGACAGAAGGCGAGACCCGUCCCGAAGGACAGACGCGGGAGACAACUGCCUGCGUCUCUGCGUCGCCUUCUGCGUCUCCGUUGGCCGUCGCCCAUCUGCCUCAGCUCUUCGGUGCGGAGGUCGAGCGAGCGGAGUCCAUUCAAACCCUCAGGCACCUCCUCGUAGACACUGCAGGAAUGCCCGUCGGCCCUCCCCUUCAAGACUGUCUGGACGCGUUGCUGAAGCUCGCGGCUCCAGAAGACGAGGCAGAGAGGGGCGCGGAAGACGCUUCGGAGACGGAGACAUCCACGUGCGGGGAGUGCCCGAGGGGAAGGAAAUCCGCGGAAGUUGAAAGAAAAAGAAAAACCAAGACCUUCAAAGAGGCAGGUCGGAUGAUGUUGGUGGAGGAACAUUCGGCAACGAGUGAAUCUGCUUCGGCUUCUUGGGGCCUUUCUGACCCCAGCGCUUCCCUUCCUCUCUCCACCACGUCACUGGCUCCGCUCUCCCGUGUUCCCGCGCCCACCGACAUGUCCAUGGAAAGCCGGAUGACUCAGGCUGCUCUCCUUCUCCUUUAUUUCGCCUGCGAAGUUUUCAAGCAGGAGCGAGGCCGCGUCCGAGUCUCUCCUGUCUCUUCGGGGACGAGCGGAAGAGCGGCGAAUGCUGUCGCCUCUUGCGCCCGCGGAGGGGUCAUGAGUCUCAGUCUGAGUGGCGCAGAGGCGCAAAGAAGGACGCGGGAGACCAGGGACCUCUCAGGGCGUUACCGGGGCUGUAGUUCGAGCGACGAGGAGAUGGACAAGACACGAGAGAGAGAGCGAGAAAUCAAAGACAGGCAGCAAGGUUCGCCGCACGACUGCGAGGAACGGCCCGGGGCGAACGGAGAACGAGCUGUGGGUGGCGACUGCAGAAAGGACAGGCAAAGGCGAGAAGAGAAAGAGGCGACCAUGAGGAGACUCAGGGUCCUCCUUUGGGACCUGCCGAUCAUCCCCACGUGUGUCCCGGCGGCGGACUCUUCGCAGGCGCGUGGUGGAAAUGGAGGUGUCUCUGCUCCUGCGUUCUCGAAGGAGACAGCUGAGGAGACAGCUGUCACAUCCGAUGAGAGCGACGAAAAAGAACGACAGGACUGGCGGCACUCUCAACACGGUCACGGGCUCAGAGAACCACAGCAAGAAUCUGAUCAGGCAGAACUGGAAGAAAGCGUGAGAUGGGUGGCACCUCGCGAUGGAUUGUCUCUGGUUGCUUCUGAACGCGACGCCGCAAUCUGGAAAGCGUUUGCUUCUUUGUUCAAGGCCUCCUCUUGUUCCUCCCGUUCCUCUGCUGCGUCGUUUACACGCGAGAGGCACGGCGACGAGAGCAAAGCGAAGACACCGGGAAAGCGAGAAGCGUCACCGGAUGCCCUUCGCGGGCGCCUCGCUUGGCUUCCGAACUCGCUUGUGACACUCGAGCAAAUUGUUGAGAGUGAAGAACUGGCGAACGUCUGCCGCAUUCUGUCUUCCUUGCCAUCGGGGUUGUUUGGUGUUUCGGCCGUUUCUGGCGUCUCUUCCAGAAAUGCGGGACCGUCUGUCCAGGACGUUAAAGUCUACCUGCGCGAGGAAGCGCGCCUGGGAGUUCUCCGGCUUCACCAGAGUCUCUCGGAUCUCUUUCCGGAUCUUCUUGCCCUUUGCUCAAUCCCAGUCGAACCCAGUUCUUCUUUGUCUCGACCGCGCGCAGGCGCCUGGCCGCUGUCGCCGUCUCCCUCGGUGUGGAGGCAGAGCCGUGAGAAUCCCGGGCUGCUUCCUUUCCGGCCACUUUGGAUGGUCUUCCUUCGCGAGGCGUUUGCCGCGCGAUCCUUCCACGCUGAAUGCACCCGGCAACUCUCUUCAUCGCUUACGUUCCUUCCAGAAUGCGCCGCUGUCUCUGGAGAAACGAACCUCAGUUCUGCUUCUCCCUCACAGGCCUCCUCUCCCCACGCGUUCUCCCCGCCCCUGCCUCUCGAGGCGCUGCCGCUCUUCCUCUCUCCGUCGCUGAAACGCCUCCUUUGUUGCGCGCUGCUGCCAGCCGCCCACCGCUACCUUUACGUACGCCUGCCUGGCCUUUACCGCUUCCUCACCACGCACAAGACGCGGCCGGGGCGCGCAUGCAAAACAGAUGGAGGCGCAGACGCAAAGGCAGAAAGCGUAUUCGAAGGGCAAGGAGCGACAACUGCAGGAGACAGCGAGGGUAGCAGGCCUCGAAUCGUCGAAAGACUCCGACGGCUGAAGCUCUUCGGGACAGGAGAUCUUGGGCUGCGUUUCCUCCACCGCGGCACUGGCGUCGCCAGCCGUGUGCAAGGGCGAAAGGCCUUCCUCCUCGGUUUGCGAGGCAGCGUAGAAGACGAGGACGAAGCAAACAAUGAAGGAGGGAAAAGUCGAGGAGAUUGCAGAGCAGCUUCCGACAGCUGGGAGCAUUCGGAAGACGAGGACGAAGUCGCGUUCUCUUGUCAAGCGGGCACAGCAUCUUCUCUGCCCUUGCUGCUGGCGAUGUCGGAUGCCGAGCAUCUUCGGUGGUUCGCCACCCCCGCGGCGGCACAUGGUGUAUUGGACCCAGGGCCAAACAGAGACAGCCACGGGCGCGUUGGGCUCCAAACAGAACGGCCUGCCGCCACGGCGUCUCCCGCGCGCGCGGGGCCUGCACCGCUUCCUUUUCAGUUGCGGUUUGUCGCCCUGCCACCGGAGUUUUUCCGCGAAUUUUCCCGACUGUUUUCUCGCCGCGGCGAAGCGCUGGAAGGUCUGACGACCUUUUUGCAUCUCUGCUACACUGUGCAGCUCCAGUGUCUCCUCGUGAAGCAGCUCGAGGGCCGUGACACCUGCAGAUCGAAGCGCAUGCACCUUUCAGGCCCCGAUGCCGAGAGUCUCAACCUGCGGUCGGCCCUCGCGGAGGAGCUAGACCGUUUCCUGACAGCGCAAGGCCUUCCCUCUCUGGCGGAGUUUCAGCCCUCUUCGGAGCCGCCAUUUCCGAGAAACAGCGACGAACGAGAGGACAGCAAGCCUGCGGUUCGCCAAGGAGCUCGCGCAGAAGAGGGAAGCAACGCCAGCGAGACAGAGGUCGACUACGCGUCGUUAUACAGCCUCCACCAGGAAGCAAUGGACUUUGAGAGCGACGAAACUCUUCUUCUAAGGGACCGUGAGAAGUCGGCGACGAAGGCGGGACCGAGUGACAGCUUUCUGUGGAAUGAUGAGUGGAUUCGAGAAGCUCUAAGGGAAGAAGAUAGCCACGAGUACGAGCAGUGGCGCCGGGCGAGAGAGGGCGAGGGUGGCAACGACGAGGAGACAGACAGGAAAGGCACAGAGGAAGAAGAGAGUGGAGGAAAGAAAUGUCCCAGUGUUGAUGAUAGCUGCGCCACUGCUUGUGACAAGCGAGGCAAGAGAACGCGGAACUCCCAUGCUGGAGCGGCGCGAACGGUUGAGGAAGGCGAAAACGAGGAAGAGGCGCACGCAGAUGAUGGUGAAUUUUAUCAAACGCAGAGACAGGAAGCAGAUCCAAUGGGAGGAGACACGAGUCUGGAGAGAGUAAACGACGCAAACGAAGAGUCGAUUGUGGACGAGUUUUUCGUCACGGACCUCGAUCGGCGGACCGUCCCCCACAUUUUUGGCGGCCUCCUCGCGUUUGGCAAAGAAGGCAUGGAGACAGAGGGCACGGACCCGGCUCUUAGCGUUAAAGAACACGACGCACUGAAACAGGAACGAGACAAAACGACCGAAGCGAUUUCGCUUCUUGACGAUGCUGGCGCAGGCGAGUCGGUGCGAACCGGCGAAGACGCAGGGCAGAGUUGCGACAGUCUACAGAAGAGAGCCCUUGAGGGAGAGAACGGCGAAGCGGAGCGAAGGGAUAACAUUGGAGUUCGAGACACUCUCCGCGUCGGUGCGUUCACCGCAGAGGAUCUCGAGCUGCCUCCAGGCUUAGGGGAAGCCGCACCACGGCGUCAGCUCCCAUUUUCGGAGGCCGUGUCCACCUCCAAGACAGACUUGACAGGGCGCAGGGGAGAGCAUAUCGUUUUCUCGUUUCUUUCAAUCCAGUUCAAGGACGAAAUAAAGGACGGAAGAUGCCGCGUUCUGUGGGUGAAUGAAGACGAGGAAAGCGGGACGCCAUACGACAUUCUCGUCACGAAAUACGGAAGAGUGGGAAGCUCAACGCCUCCCGAGUCAAUCUACAUCGAAGUGAAGUCGACGUCAUCGCAGUCCAAAUCUUUCUUCGAGGUCUCGCACAAGGAGUGGCAGUUUGCGCAGCAACAUGGCGACCAAUUCCACAUUUACCGAGUUUUGGACGUAGGGAGCGAGCAGCCCCGGAUUCUGAGAAUUGUGAAUCCCUAUCGUCAGUGGCGCGAGAAUCGAAUUGGAAUAUGUAUUGCCCUGUGAGCGGCGAGACAAUAGCAGAAACAAGAACAGGACAGGGUCCGGAAGAGGCACACGCGAAGAGCCUGUCUCUCGAUCUGGCGUCAUUUUCUUUCGGCCGGCAUCACUUUUGUCUCUAUAUGAACUAUCGGUUUCCCUAAUUUUCCUCCCCUCAACGAGCCGUCUAGACCCCAGGAGUUUUGGAGACGGCUAAGACACUGUAGUGUGAAGACAAGGAGAUGUCACCCUUGCGCAGACAUGCGCGGCGCGCCAAACGCGUGGAUCGUGUCUGGAAGGCUCAAAACUGCGUUUGGGUGCUUACGUACCGUAUACGCGGAAUGAAACAAGCACACAGGUUUUCGACGAUGCAGCGUCGGGCAUAUGCAACGGCUGCAUGUCAACUGCACCGCGACACAAGCGCGCGGCCUAGUCAAGGCGACAAAAAAAGGAGUGCCAGUUAGAGAAGCGGCGAGCACAAAGCCAAGCGAGACAAGGGAAAAGACGCGAAUCGCUAGUCAACGGCAAGCCAAAGGAAAAAGUUUUUUACGGAAACAAGGCGACAAGAGGAUCGAAAAGCAGCGUCAGGGAAGGACGGAAGAGCAUGUGUCGACCUCGGGUAUAUGUGUCUGUCGCUCUGCGUUUCUUCCCUUCCUCCGCCCACGUGUGUGUCUAUGAACGUGCAGUAACUUGCUCCCAAUAAAGAUGCAUUCUUAGGUACACAGGUAAACAUAUGUAUGCACAUACGCUCCUGUAUAUGUACAUGUAUACAUACAUCCGUGCAUGUAUACAACUAUCUUUCUGUCUACGCCUCUGCAUGCACGUCAACAUAUGUCUA